CGAUAGUCAUCUCUUUCGUUCUGCAUUGAUUGUGCUAUUCGUCACUCCCCUCCGACUUCAUCCUUUUUUUGUGCACUCAAAUCUCUUGGCCUUGUUCGUCUCUCGUCUGUUUCGCUCUUUCUUCUCCUCGGCUCAACCAUUCUUCUUCCUCCUCCUCCUCCUCCUCUUCUUCUUCAGCAUCUGCUCCUCCUUUUCAUCAUUCUCCCUCUUUUUCUCUCUUUUUUCUCGCUCCUUCUUUUUCGGGAUAAAAAAAAAUCAAAGAAAAAUGUCGGCAGAUUCUGUCGUUGCUAUUGCGUGGGAUGUCUUCAAGAGAUGUGUACUUGUUCCCAUCGAGCGUGGGUUCGGAUACGUGAUCUCCUCCAAGAGCUUCGCCGACGGUCUUCGGGAGGAAGUCCGGACUCUGGAGAACGAGGAUCGGAGGGUCAAAGUUCUUGUGGAACGGGCCAGAAACAAUGUUCGGAACUUCCACGAUGUCUUCACGACGUGGCAGCAAAAUGCUGACGAGGCCUUGGAGGAGGCGCGAGAGCUGUUGGACGUCUUCGAAAAGGCGACCAAGACUUGCUGCUAUGGGACUCUUCCCGACCCCAAAUGUCGCUAUCAGUUCAGCACGAAGGCCGAGGGCAAGAUCAAGGUCAUUAAGCAACUCGCUCAUGAAUGCAGCGGAUUCAAGGAAUUGAACGACAUCUCCUUCAGCGAUUCUGCUCCAGGAAAUGUCACUGCCGAACCUGGCCAAGAAGGCAAAGAAGUCGUCCAGUCGACCACCGCGAUGGCUUCCAUUUUUUCUGCCUCAAUGUCGAUUAAGCUUAGGGAUGAUGGCAUCUUCGAAUCCAGAGCUCAAAUCAUACAGGACAUCAUGGACGCUCUUGCCGAUAACAGCAAUAGCGUAGUCGGGGUUUACGGGAUGGGUGGGGUCGGCAAGUCCACCCUUUUGGUGGAAGUCAAAAGGAUUAUAAGCAAAGAGAAGUCGUUUGAUUGGGUCGCUAAGGCCGACGUGUCGGAAAAUCCAGACAUCAAGAUGAUUCAAGGAGAGAUUGCCGAUGCGUUGGGCCAUAGUGAGAUUAAGGACAAAGAGUCCAUCAGCGGGCGAGCGGAACUUCUACACAGGAGGUUGGAUGAAGAGGAGAGGAGCAAAAAGAAGGUCCUCAUAAUACUGGACAACCUGUGGAAGGGGCUCGACUUAAAAUCAGUCGGCAUUCCUUGCAGAUAUGACAACAAAGUCAUAGGAUGCAAGUUGUUGUUGACGUCAAGAUUUCAAGAUGUUUUGCGAAGGGAAAUGGGCUGCGACAAGGACUUCCAUCUUGAUGCGCUGAAGGAGGAAGAGGCAAAAAGAUUGUUUGAGAGGACGGUGGGAGACAAAGUUCACGAUGUCACGUUCAAAUCCUUGGUGGAUGAAGCACUCCACAAAUGUGCAGGUUUGCCUUUUCUAAUUGUCAAUUUGGCAAAACAUUAUAAACACGCUGGUUUAUCCGAAUGGAAGAAUGUUUUGAAACAAAUCAAGUUGUCUAAAAACGAAGGACUCGGUGAGGUGAUAAAUAACAUGUUGCAGUUGCGUUAUGAUCAUUUAAAAGACGCAGAUAGGUCAUUGUUAGCACUCUGUGUUGCUUAUGGCAUCUCUCAGCCCUCUCUUGAAAACUUGGUGAGGUUCGGUGUGGGUUGGGGGUUAUUUCGAGAAGAUAACAACAUGGAAGACGCUAGAGAUAGUUUGAGAUCAGGGAUUCGUGCUCUUCAAGCCUCCUCCCUCUUGUUAGAGGAUGGAGGCGCUUAUGGUUUCAAGAUACAUGACUUGGUUCGUGAGUUUGUUGCCUCGGUCGCUUCAAGUGAUCAUCCGCUUCUCGUGUUGAAAGAUAAUGAUAAGUCGGUAACAAAGUUGCAGCUCAAAAGUUGUAAGGCGAUAUGCUUUCCCUAUGUUGACGUGGAGGAUUUUCUCCAAGAAUUAGAUUGCCCUGAAUUGCAGAUCCUUUUGUUGUUCACAAACAAUGAAUCUCUUGAGAUCCCAGAUUCAUUAUUUUACUCAAUGAGGAAACUCAUGGUCUUAAAUCUUGUUGGGAUACAUCUCGCUCCUUUGCCAUCGCUGUUUCAGUUCCAAAAGAACUUACAAACUUUGUGUCUUCAUAGUUGUUUAUUAGAGGAUGCAGCCAUUCUUGGGGAGCUAAAAGGGCUACGAAUUCUCAGCCUUGUGAACUCCAAUAUUCAGCGAUUGCCGAAAGAAAUUGGGCAAUUAGUAGAGCUGAGGUUGUUAGACUUGAAUUAUUGUUCCAAUCUUCAGAUAAUUGAACCAGGUGUGCUUGGAAGCUUGAUCAAAUUGGAGGAGUUGUACAUGGAGGGUAGCUUUGAUCGAUGGAAUGCCGUGGAUCAAACUCCACGAACUAAUGCCAGUCUGAUUGAGUUGAAUCACAUGAAGAAUCUUUGCACUUUGCAUGUUUCCAUUCCCGACCAGAGCGUGCUCCCAGGGGAUCUAAAUAUCGAGAAAUUGACCAAGUACAAACUCAAAAUCGGUCAUCUUUAUGACUUCAAUGACUGGCGCUGGUUAAACAAGUACGAACGAUCAAGGACAUUGGAGCUCAAGUUGAAUCCAACAAGUAAUAUUCUUCAAAAAGGAUGCAUACGAACUACUUUACACAUAAUUGACGAUUUGUGGUUGGAUGGGUUGAGCGGAAUAGAGCAAAGCAUUUGCCAGUUAUCCCUAGAAGGUUUUCCACAAUUAAAGCGUUUACAUGUUCAGGAAAGUCCUUCCAUCCGUUACAUCCUCAAACGGUCUUCCCUUCCCACUUUUAAUACAUUGGAGUUUUUAUUUCUAGGGAAUUUGAUCAACUUGGAGAAGUUAUGCCACAAUGAUAUCUCCUCCAAGUCCUUCAGUGCAUUAAAAGUCCUACGAGUUGAUAGAUGUGACAAGAUGAAACAUCUGUUUCCCCUUUCAUUACUAAGAGAACUUCCACAGCUAAAAGAGAUCGAAGUCAUCGGAUGCAAGGUAAUGAAGGGGAUUGUAAAAGAUGAUGAUUGUGGUCAAGUUGAGUUGCAUAACUUGCACGUAUUGAAAUUGCGUGACUUGCCAAGUAUCAAGAACUUUGUUGCUGUCCGGACAGCUCCUUCGAGCAGUACAUCGGACGACCAAGUUGGCACUCAAGUUGCGUUCUUCAAUAGGCAACAGGUUGCCUUGCCGAGAUUGGAGACAUUAGAAAUCACUCGCUUGGAUAACCUUGGGUUUAUGUUUUCCCCAUCCAUGGUUGAAUCUCUUGCACAACUAAAAAAAAUAACAAUAGGGUAUUGCAAGAAGAUGGAGGCAAUCAUUACGGAGGAAGAAGGGUUGGGAAUGGAAACAUUAGGAACUCUGGCAUUCCCGAUGUUAACUGAUCUAUCCUUAACAUAUUUGGAAAGUUUGACGUGCUUCUCUCGCGUAAAGUGUUACCGAGAAGCUCAGAGUCAGAACCGCAUCAAAUCACCCUCCACUACACUCUUCAAUCGAGAGGUUUCAAUCCCAUCCUUGGAGUCCUUGACAAUUGAAGGACUUCCCAAUCUGAAAGAGAUAUGGAGCGAUGAAUCUCCAUUGGAGCUGAGCAAUCUCCAAUCUCUCAAAGUGGUGCGGUGCGAAUCUCUUUUGAAGGUUGUCAGCUCCAGGUCGCUGGUAAAACUACAUAAGUUGCACACUUUAACUGUCGAAGAUUGCAUCUCGGUGCAAGAUAUUUUUGACCUUGACGGAGCAAGUGGUAGUGGAAAUGUUGAGACUGUCUCUGAGUUAACCACCUUGGAAUUAAAUAAAAUGCGGAGCUUGAGGCGCAUAUGGAACAAGAGUCCUUGUGGAAUAGUGAGUUUCCAUUAUUUAAAGAAGUUAAAGGUGGAUCUCUGUGACAACCUCAGGUUUAUGUUUUUCCCAUCCAUGAUUAAAACUCUCACACAAUUGAGAGAUCUAACGGUGCGACAUUGUGAUAAUAUGGAGGCGAUCAUCACAGAGGAAGAAGGGUUUGGAAUGGAAAUAUUAGAAACUUUGGCAUUCCCGAUGUUAACCGAUUUGUGCUUAGAAUGGUUGAAAAGUCUAACGUGCUUCUCUCGCGAAAAGUGUUCACGAGAAGCUCAGAGUCCAGACCACGUCCAAUCACGCUCCGCUAUACUCUUCAAUCAAGAGGUUGCCUUUCCGAGAUUGGAGACAUUAGAAAUCACUCAAUUGGAUAAUCUCGGGUUUAUGUUUUUCCCAUCCAUGGUUAAAUCUCUCGAACAACUAAAAAAACUAAGUGUACAGUCCUGCAAGAAGAUGGAGGCGAUCAUCACGGAGGAAGAAGGGUUGGGAAUGGAAACAUCAGAAACUUUGUUAUUCCCGAUGUUAACCGAUUUAAGCUUAGAAUGGUUGGAGAGUCUGACGUGCUUCUCUCGCGGAAAGUAUUCACGAGAAGCUCGGAGUCAGGAUCGCGUCCAAUCAUGCUCCACUGUACUCUUCAAUCGAGAGAUUACCUUUCCAAGAUUGGAGACAUUAGAAAUCAAUGGCUUGGACAAUCUUGGGUUUAUGUUUUUCCCAUCCAUGAUUAAAUCUCUCGUGCAACUACAAAAACUAACCGUAGCAAAUUGCAAGAAGAUGGAGGUGAUCAUCAUGGAGGAAGAGGGGUUGGGGAUGGAAACAUCGGAAAGUCUAGCAUUCCCGAUGUUAACCAAUUUACGCUUGGAUGGGUUGAAAAGUCUGACGUGCUUCUCUUGCGGAAAGUGUUCACAAGAAGCUCAGAGUCAAGACCACGUCCAAUCACGCUCCACUGCACUCUUCAAUCGAGAGGUUGCCUUUCCGAGAUUGGAGGCAUUAGAAAUCACUCGAUUGGAUAAUCUCGGGUUUAUGUUUUCCCCAUCCACGGUUAAAUCUUUCGCACAACUAAAAAAACUAAGUGUACAGUACUGCAAGAAGAUGGAGGCGAUCAUUACAGAGGAAGAAGAGUUGGGAAUGGAAACAUCAGAAACUUUGUUAUUCCCGAUGUUAACCGAUUUAAGCUUAGAAUGGUUGGAGAGUCUGACGUGCUUCUCUCGCAAAAAGUGUUCACGAGAAGCUCGGAGUCAGGAUCGCAUCCAAUCAUGCUCCACUGUACUCUUCAAUCGAGAGGUUGCCUUACCGAGAUUGGAGACAUUAGAAAUCGCUGGCUUGGAUAACUUCGGGUUUAUGUUUUCCCCAUCCAUGGUUGAAUCUCUUGCACAACUAAAAAAAAUAAGAGUAGGGUAUUGCAAGAGGAUGGAGGCAAUCAUUACGGAGGAAGAAGGGUUGGGAAUGGAAACAUCGGAAACUUUGUUAUUCCCUAUGUUAACUGAUUUAUCCUUAAGACAUUUGGAAAGUUUGACGUGCUUCUCUCGCGUAAAGUGUUACCGAGAAGCUCAGAGUGAGAACUGCAUCAAAUCACGCUCUACUGCACUCUUCAAUCAAGAGGUUGCUUUUCCUAACUUGGAGACGUUAUCUAUUGAUGGCAUGGAUAACAUCGAGAUGAUAUGGGAUAAGGAACUCCACUAUCAAGUUAAACUCCAUUGCCUGCGUUUCGUCAACAUUUCCAGAUGCGAGAGCCUCACCUCUCUGUUUCCAGCCUCAGUAGCCAGAGGUCUAAUGCAUCUUGAGGAGUUGAAGAUCGAUGAAUGUGGCAUUGCGGAACUCAUUGAGAAGGAAGAAGGACUAGUUCCUAGGUUUGUAUUCCCAAAUUUAACCUCCCUCGAGCUUAAGCAUCUGACAAAGUUGAAGUGCCUCUACACCGGAACACAUACUUCCCAUUGGCCGGCAUUGAAGACCUUGAAAGUGGAUGGCUGUAACGAGGUGGAGAUACUUGCCCAAACUAAGAAUGAGAUGCCAUGUCAUAAACAACCUCUCUUCUUGAUAGAAAAGGGCGCAUUCCCUAAUCUUCAGGAGUUAAAAUUGGAUUUAUUGGAACGGAUGGAGAUAUGGCAUGGGCAUUUUCAUGAUGAAGAAUUCUUCUGCAAGCUUAGAGUUCUUAAGCUUCAUCAUCUCGCCAAGGAAUCUCUAGUAUCCACAUAUCGUUUUGUUGAGAGUUUAACCAACUUGGAAGAGCUAGUUGUAUGCGAAUCUUAUCUAGAAAGGCCAAGCAGUAAUGAAGGAGCCAUAGAAGGCACAAGUCAUGAGCUAAAACUAAUAUCACCCUUUUUGAGAUAUAUUCGACAUUUACAGACUUUAGAUGUGUCGUAUUGUGAUGGGUUAUCAUAUAUGUUCACACCGACGUUAGCUGAAAAUUUGGUGGUACUCACAAAAUUGAGGAUAAGUAAUUGUAGAAUAUUGACAGAAGUCCUUCAGGAUGAGGAAGGUGAGGAGGGGCAUGUAGUGGCUUUCAAUCAAUUGAAGUAUAUGGAGCUUGAUGGGUUGAUAGAAUUGAGAUGUUUCAGUUCAAGUGGAUACAUUUUGAUGUUUCCCCUCUUAGAAGAUGUCAUUGUGAUUGGAUGUCCCAAAAUGAAGUUUUUCUCCGAGGGACCAAUAGAGGCGCCAAAGCUAGAGAGAGUACAAGUAAGUUUGAAGGGAUCGUAUGGACCAACAGAGCACCAGCAUUUUUGGAAGGGAAACCUCAACAUCACCAUCCAAAAUAUGUUUGAAGAAAUGGUUACAGUUGCUAGUGCUAAGUUUAUGCGGUUGUUUGAGUUUCCCGAGCUGAUUGGAAAGUGGCACAGCGAACUUAAUCCCAUCAAGUCAUCUUGGCAAUUAGAAACACUGGCGAUGGAUAAAUGUCCAUCAUUUAUUAGUGCUAUUCCAUCCAAAUUGAUGCUUGUUUUAGAGAAAAUGACUAGCUUGCAAGUGCUCGAGUGUGAGUCUAUGGAAGAAAUAUUCGAUCUUGAAGGGCUUGAAGCUAUGGAAAGCACUCGGGUGCUGCCUUGCUUAAAGAAUCUGGACUUGGCCAACCUACCAAAGUUGAGGCAACUAUGGAACAAAGAUCUUCAAGGAAAGAUGUGCUUUGAUUCUCUAAGUAAUUUGACCCUUUAUAAAUGCAGCAACUUGAGACUUGCUUUCACUCCAUCGAUGGCUCGGUGCCUUGCCAAUCUUGAAUGGAUGAAAAUAAAGGAGUGUGGUCAGAUGGAAGGAGUGAUUGUAGAGGAAGAAGGGCAGGGAAGCACGGUGGAGAAGAUUACAUUCCCGAAGCUCUGGUUGAUGGAACUGGAAUGCUUGCCCAAUUUGACUACUUUCCUAUCGGGGAAGAGUCAUACGUUGGAUUGUCACGAAAUGAAAUAUUUGACCAUUGCCCAUUGCCCCAAGAUGCGAAGUUUGGCUUGGCAGUCUUCGAUGGAUAUUGACCAUGGCACCCUUUCACUUUUCACUCCACAGGUACAAUUUCCUCAGCUUGGGUCGGUGGUUCUCUCCCACAUGGACAACUUAAGCAAAAUAUGGACCGACAAUCCUCAAGAAAUUCUCACUUUUGAACAUUUAUGGGAAGUGGAGGCUCAAAAUUGUAAGAGCCUUAAAAAUUUGUUUCCGCAUUGGGUGGCUACAAGUCUAACCCAACCUAUGAAACUUCGAGUGGAAUCUUGUGAGAUCGAGGAAAUAGUCGCUAGUGGAGAUGACACUCCACACUCCAAUAUCGCUCAAGUUCUUUUCCCGAAACUAGCCUCUCUGGUGUUACAUGAUAUGUCACAACUCAAGAGCUUCUGUCCUAACUUGCCCAAUUUGAACUGGCCAUUCUUAGAGGAGUUGCAAGUUACUCAUUGUGACAAACUAGACAUCUUGUCUGUUGCGGCAUCCAUGAACAAGUGGAUUCAGAGAGAUGAUCAAUGGGACCUUUCGACUCAAGAAGCACACUCUUCAAUUGAGAGGGACUUUCCCAACUUAGAGAAACUUUUAUUAGUCGAUGAAGAUGUUCAAAGAAUCCAAGAUGGAAAAUUUCCCGAUGAUAUCUUUGGCGAGCCUAAAGCACUAACAUUGGCAUGCUUUCAUGGUGAAAAGGCCGUCUUUCCUCUCAGAUUCCUUCUAGAGAGAUUUCAGAAUUUACAAAGCCUUGAGGUCUUUUGUAGCUCCUUUGAAGAUAUAUUCCCCGACGAAGGGCUUGCUGACGUGGGAAAACAUCCGGUGCUUGAAAAUCUAAGAGAACUUAAGUUAAGCAAACUGCAUAACCUAAAACGUGUAUGGAGAGAAGACCACUUAAUGGCGAAAAUUCUUCGAGGUAUCGAAACAUUUGAGGUUUGGAAUUGUCCCUAUUUGACGACAAUAUUUCCAGCCGCAAUAUCCUUCAAGAAUUUGACGACGUUAGUGGUGAAGGAUUCCCCUGGAUUGGUACAUCUGGUAACAGCUUCAGCGAUCACAAAUUUGGUGCAUCUCACUUGGAUGACUAUAAUAGGAUGUGAAAAAAUGAAAGAAGUAGUGGCAAACGAUGAAAAUGGAGAAGGAAAAGUGAUUUCUCUUGAGAAGUUAGGUGGUUUGACACUCCAAAAUCUGCCAAGCCUAGAAUGCUUCUCCUCCACCACAAGUUGCAUCUUCAUAUUUCCAUCCUUGUUGAAGAUUGAAGUGGAAGAGUGCCCGCAAAUGAAGAUCUUUUCCAAAGGUAGGCUAAGCACACCAAAUUUAUAUUCCGUGACACUAUUUAGAUACGAGUGGCUAGGGACCUGGGAGGAUUGUGAUCUCAAUACAACCAUACAAAAGUUAUCGGCAUGAACAAAUAUGCACAUGAAAUUGGGAAGAGCAGGGCAGGCGGUGCAAAUGAAGAGAAAGAGGGAUUUUUCUCUCGCGAGAAGUUGAACAGUGCGCACUCCAGGCCACCAUUCCCUAAAGAUCAUCACGGUUUCUGGUCGCCGCCGCCGCCACCGUCGCCGUCGUCGGCACUGGAGAGAAGACGAAAGUACGACGCCAGAGAUGGCACCGCCGAGCCUCCACAGUCCUCCCCACUUCAUCAGAGAAGAUCUUGCUCUCUCUCUCUCUCUCUCCCGCAUCCGUAUCCGACAAAAUCGUGAGUUCACACUUCUUCACGCAUCAUUUCUCCCGAUUUUCGUGUCUUAUUGCGGGGAGGACCAAACAGUUAGCAGAUUAAGGCACCCUGAGCUGUCUUUUAUGGUCCCACGCACCCAAGGCCUCUCACUGCUCCUAAAUUGGCCAACAAAUUUCAAAUGGAGCAUCCCUUUUUCAAGGUGGUGAUGAGGCCUUCUUAUGUUAAGUAUGGCUUGGGAAUACCGAAGAGGUUCACGAGAAAAUAUGGUGAGAAUCUCUCGAAAGGAUGCUUCUGAGAGAAUGGUGCAAUUAUUGGCCUGUGGAAUUGGAAAAAAUGUGGUGAGAUGGUUUGGCUAUCAAAGGAUUGGAAUUAAUUUGCAGAGCAUUACUCUAUCUGUGAGGGCCAAUUUUUGGUCUUUAAAUCUGAAGAGGACUCCAUUUUCCAUGUAAUCAUAUUUGAUAAAAGCACGUCUGAGAUAGAAUAUCCACCAAUCAAUGCCGAUGUGACGAACCGAGCCUCGGCGAUUGUGGAAUUGUCUUGCUGAAAGUGGAAGAUGCUGGAGAUUGCUGUGAUGUUUUGGUCGAGCUUUAAGUUUUGAGGGAUGAAUUGCAUUCAGCCAAGUGUCCUCAGCUUUGUAUGGCAAGGGAAUUGAUCAGGUUUGCGAAGUUCAUGGCUGUUCCUAUGCACAUUCAUCAGCACAUAGUUUGGGGAGGGACAGAAGUUCAAAUUGCUCAUCAUUAGAUUUUCCUGGUAAGCUGAAAGAGCCAGGCACACCAGAACUUGGACAUGUGAGUCUGUUUAGAUACGAGUGGGUAAGGGACUGGAAGGGGUGUGAUCUCAAUACAACGAUACAAAAGUUAUCGGCAUGAACAAAUAUGCACAUGAAAUUGGGCAGGGCAGGCGGUGCAAAUGAAGAGAGAGAGAGAGAGAGA